AUGCCUCGAAAAGGUUUCUGUCAUCAUCUCGCCAGACCAACAGCAGAGAUGACAAGGCUUCUACAGGUCAUGAUGCCUCUAUUUCUCGCAUCAGCAUUGAUAUUCAUCAUUGCAACGAUGAUAUCUACUACUCCUACUUUGGCCCAGGCCGUUUUAAAGGGAGAACAGAAUUUAUUAAAUUUAUUGAAUUCGGAAUCAUCCUCAAGAAGGGAUUUUUCUGCUCAUCAUAGAAGAAGAAUUUCAUUGGAAGAUUUGAACUUGCUCAACAAUAAGAGAUCCUUGAUGAGAGAAGAUGGUUCUUCGGUUUUGAACUUUUUUGAGCAGAAUCCUUUUAUCAGUGAGACAAAUGCAUGGAUUCAUGAAUUUCAAUCGUCAUCUCCAAACAAAAGAAGUACGACCACAACAGCAUCUGACAAUGAUAUUCAUGUGUUGGUCACUUUUAAAACAAACCAAGACUCUCGUCAAUAUGAGAAAAUUCUUUCGACUCCGAUGGGAGAAAACACUUUCACAUCUCGAGUGAAUGUGCAACAAUUGAAAAGACUUAUUGAAGAUGAAAAUGUUAAAGUUGUGGAGCAUUUCGACCCCAUGUUCAAGUUUGUCGAGUCUCAAUUCACUCCAGAAAACACUUGGGCUAAGAAUAUCCAAAGAUUUUUUGUAGAUCCAAAUGCAAAAUUCAGACACGCCGAUACGAAUUUCAAAUUAUCUGCUGAGCCAUUCAUCCGAAGACCAAGUGAAAAUUGGCAAUUCAGUUACACAGAUAGAAAUGGAGAGGAGUUUGUUGUGUUGAGAAUUCUCACUGAGGAAAGAUCAGCAUUGAAUGGCUACUUGCAAAAUCUCAAGGAGUUUUCUCGAGGAUCUAUUCAGUUCCUUAAUAAUGUCGGAAAUAGAUUCAUGAUGUCUGUUAAAAAGAGUGACGCUCUUGCAGUCACUUAUGAAAUUUCUAAAAGAUCAGAGGUUUUCUGGGUUGAGCUUGCUCCAAAGAAUGAAUUGCACAAUUAUUGGGCUAGAGGCAUCACUCAAAGUGGCCUACCAGAGUCUCAACCAGUUACUUAUCGAGGAUUAACAGGAAAGAAUCAAAUCGUUACUGUUGGUGAUUCUGGAUUGGAUGGAAACUCAUGUUUUUUCCAUGACAGUGACCAUGAAGUCCCGUAUGUUAAUACUACUUCAUCUCUUUCAGUCAGCAGUCACAGAAAAAUUGCUUCUUACUGGGGUUUGAUGGAUACUAUUUCUGAAGACAAUGCUCAUGGUACUCACGUUGCUGGUACUAUUGUUUCUCAAUCCACAACUGAUGCUCUCAGUCAACACAAUGGUAUUGCUCCAGAUGCUAAGGUUGCAUUUACUGACAUUGGAUGCUCAGAUCCAAAAGGAUGUUCAUGUCAUGGCGUUGAGAAGGGAUGUUAUUGCGAUGGCAGAUAUGACAAAAAGUGUCCAGCAUCUGAUCGCGCCGUUUAUCCUCCAAACUCAUUGUCGGAAGACUAUUUUCCUUUUGCAUACAAAUUAGGAAGUCGAAUUCACACAAAUUCUUGGGGAGGUGGAGCUGGCAUAUUAGGUUACAGUAUUGACACAGCAGACAUUGACAAGUAUGUUUGGGAGCACAAAGACAUGCUCAUUUUGUUCUCUGCUGGUAACAGUGGAGAUGCCAUGGGAUAUUCUUCCAUUUCCACGCAAGCAGAAGCUAAAAACAUUCUUUCUGUUGGAGCAUCGAUGAACCCACUUGCAACCUUCCAAUAUGUGACUGACAAAUUACUUGAUAUGAACGCCUAUGCUCAAAAUUAUGCUAAACAAUUAUUGAGUAUUUUGGAUUGUCCUGCAGAAAAUCAAAAUUCAAGCAGCACGUGCUCUGGUUUUAAUUCUGACUUUUUAGAAACAUGUCAAUUUUUAAGAAAUUUCAAAACAGAAGCAGACUGUUGCAACACCACUGGUAAAUAUUGUUCCAAUUCAGGAUGUGGAUGUGCAUUUUAUGGACUUGGAUCUUUGUGUUGCAGAAAAUGUAGAUCAGAUCGAAUGAAGACGAGUUACAGUAACACUGUAUAUAACAAGGAAAAUAUCGCAUACUUUAGCAGUAGAGGUCCAACCUCAGAUGGACGCAUCAAACCUGACAUUGUCGCUCCUGGAUAUUUCAUUGUGAGUGCUCGAUCUCAUAACACCUUAUCCACUCCAAUGACUUGUAGUGAGAGUAGUCAAGAUGUCAGCCAAGCUGUUCUUCAAAUGGGAGGUACUUCUAUGAGUUGUCCUUUAACAGCUGCAAAUGCUGCCCUUGUCAGACAGUACUACACUGAAGGAUGGUAUUAUGAUGGCAAGAACAACACAUCCAAAGGAUUUAAACCUUCUGCUGCAUUGAUGAAGGCAACCAUUAUCAAUUCGGGUGUACCUCUACUCGGAUAUUUGGACUUGUCAGGAUUUUUAUUACCAAUUAAUGAUGCAUCCUCUAAUCCUGAAUUUAGACUUCAAGCAAAAUAUAUUGAAGGAUUUGGAAGAAUUCAAUUGGAUCGAGUUCUCAUGUUUGACAAUUCUACAAGAAAGCUUCUAAUUGGUAGAAAAGAAAAUAUUAAGACAUCAAGUAGUGUGAAGGAUGAAUUUGGUGAUCCAGUGAUUAGUUCAGAAGAAGAGUCACAUACCUAUUGCAUUGCACCAAAGGUAUCAGGCACAAUGAAUGAUGUCAAGAUUACUCUCACUUGGACCGAUUACCCAAGUAAUCCUGCAAGAGGUAGACAUUUGGUGAACAAUAUCGAUCUUGGAUGUAAAAUUGAUCGAGAUGUAUACUUUGGAAAUUCGAACACAUCUAAUACCUUUGAUCGUGACAACGUCAACAAUGUGGAACAGCUUGUUUUUAACAAUGUUCAGUCAAGAAUUGUUGUCAAUAUUGCAGCUUCAUAUAUUUACAAGGCCCAAAGUUAUGCCUUGGUAGUUUCUGGUGAAAAUAUCAAAUUCGAUGAAUGUGGAGAAAGUGAUUACUUUGAAUAUUCUGCACGUGGAAAGUCCUCCAGUAAUGGCUUGGCUACUGGAAUUAAGAUUUUUGGAUUUGAUCUUGCACUUGUCAUGCUAGCUGUUGUAUUAUUAUUGGUCAUUAUUGCAGCAGCGUCUGUAACCACAUGUGUUUUUGCAGUCAUUUGGGUGAGAAAGAAAAAUUCUCAGACAUCGUUUGCCAGAUUAGAAGAUGAAAACAAUCGCUUGUAA